AUGGAGAAAGGAAAUGAUUCACUAGUCACUGAGUUCAUUUUCAUGGGGCUGACAGACCAGCCAGAGCUCCAAUUACCUCUCUUAUUCCUCUUCCUAGGGAUUUAUGUGGUCACUAUGGUGGGGAACCUGGGCAUGAUCACACUGAUUAUACUCAGUCCUCAUCUUCACACCCCCAUGUACUAUUUCCUAUGCUGUUUGUCCUUCAUUGAUCUCUCUUUAUCCACUGUCAUCAUCCCCAAAAUGUUGGUGAACUUUGUGUCAGAGAAAAACACUAUUUCAUACCCUGCAUGUAUGACCCAAUUCUGCUUUUUUGCCUUUUUUGCAAUUUCUGAAUGUCACCUGUUAGCUGUCAUGGCAUAUGACCGCUAUAUUGCCAUAUGCAAUCCUCUUCGUUAUAAUAUUAUGAUGUCUUAUCAAGUAUGUUCAUGGUUGGUGGUUGGGGUAUAUGCAUUGGCCCUGGUUAUAACCACAAUUGACUCUGGAUGCUUGCUUAGAGUGUUCUUCUGUAAAGAAAAUGGCAUCAAUCAUUACUUCUGUGACCUUCUUCCACUCUUGAAGCUCGCUUGUUCGAGUACCUAUGUCAAUCAAUUAGUGAAUCUGUCCACCAGUAUAUUUAAUGUUCUUUGCCCAAUCCUGAUUAUUAUUUGCUCUUAUGUUUUGAUCAUUGCCAGUAUUUUAAAAAUCCCAUCCACUGAAGGCAGAUCAAAAGCCUUUAGUACCUGCAGCUCCCACAUUGCAGCAGUUGGUGUCUUCUUUGGCUCUAUUACAUUCAUGUAUCUGAAACCAUCUUCAAUGAGUUCCAUGGAUCAGGAGAAAGUAUCCUCUUUGUUUUAUACUAUUGUUGUACCCAUGUUAAAUCCCUUCAUCUACAGUCUGAGAAAUAAGGAUGUCAAAAUUGCCUUGAAGAAAGUGAAAAAAAAGACCAUUUUAUUGUAA